CUUCACUGGCCAGCCAGCCAUGCUUUCUUUGCCUGCCUACCUGCCUGCUUGCUUGCUUGCUUGCUUGCUUGCGUGCUCCAACACAGCCUGGGUUUGCUACUUUACAUGUACCCCAUUCCAACACCCCACCGGCCGGUUGUGCGGUGCGGUCUUCAUGCCAUCUCUCACGGACCACCUCGUCUCGAGUGCCGGUUGCAGUGCUGUCUCUCGUCAAGCAACCGGCCGCAGCAGCAGCAGAAACUCGCAGGCCGACUGGGGGACUCCCUAGCUUUGAGAUGUGUCCACCACCACCUUCACCACCACCACCUCCACCACCGCACCUCCACCACCCCUCCCUCCGCCCAGCUCCCCCCGUCCCCGCCAAUGC